AUGCGCAUCAAGUUGAAGACCGUCCUCGUCACUGCCGCACUACACUUCCUUUGCGCAAGCGGGCUUGCCGCGGCCGUCAGUGGAGAUCUGAGGACGAACGGGGGCACCGCGGUGCACUCAGGCAUUCAUCCCGCGCAGGCGCGGAAGAGGCAGCUCGGCGGGCUCUUCGGGGGUAUGGACGAUCCCGAUACGCCGCCGCCGCACCAUGGGGAGCAGCAGACUACAUCACGCGAGUCGGAGAGGUUGCGAGGGGAGAGUCGGACGCAGAUCGAGACGACCUCGGAUGGCCUGGUCAAGACGAUCGACAAGCUGCUGACGUCAGUAAACAGGGCGGUUUCUUCUACGUCGACGGGCGGCGCUGCCACUCCUGCACAGACAACGCCAACGCAGGCCUCUGUGGGUUCUGCACCAACUGCCGUACCGAGCGCGACGUCCACGCCGACACCGACGCAGUCUAUCGGGGCCGCCAAUAGGGCUGUUUCAAACCCGCCAACAGAUUGGAAGGUCAUCGGCGUCGCGGUCAUUGCGGUGAGCGUCAUCGGCGCGGGUAUCUUGGGGGUCGUGUUCUUCGACUAUUGGUGGCGGCUCCUGCGGGACCUUGCAGCGUGUGGAGGCUCACGGAGUCGGGGCGGGCCUGGCGGAGAGGAGCUCGUGCCAGACUGGGAGAAGCAGAGUUGGGAGUACCAGCUUGGGGGCAGGGCUGGGGAGGGCAUGGACGGGGGAGGGGCCCGAAUUGGAGAGGACAGGGUACCGAGCUUUGGGACGCCGCCUGCGGGAUGGCGCAUGAGUGAGGGGGCGGGACAUGCGGGACUCGGGACGGAGAUGGGGAGGAAUAGGGAGCUGGCGAGGGCGGUGAGUCGGAGGGCGGAUGGAGCCCCGCAGAGGUCGGCGAUGGAGGAUCCCUUCCGGGCGCAGGAGGAAACCCCCAUCCCGAGUCCCGCGGUACCAGUUAUGGCCCCGGCAUCGCCUGGACCUGUGCCAGGGCUGACGAGGACAUUAGUGAGGCCGUCAGUACCGAAACGAUCCCGUUCGUCCCCUCUUGCACGCGAAUGGCGUCCCGAUGCCGAUGCGGCUUUCUCUCCGAGUUCUACUGUGACGGUGAACCGCUCCGACACGUUCAAAUCCGCCGCGACGGAGGACGCAUACGGCGGCCUUGCUUGA